AUGUCCGCCUCUCUACAAAAGUUUUUCGGAAAAAAGCCAACCCAAGAAGAAAUGGUAAGAAAAUGGCAAAGAGACAUUCGGACUGAAGUACGAUCGUUAGACCGGACAAUAUCCGCUUCUGAAAAUGCGGAGAAAACAGCGAUAAAAGAAUUAAAAAAAGCCGCAUCAAAAAAUGACAUAAGCAGUUGUAAAACAUUUGCUAAUAGUUUGGUGGGGAUAAGGAAACAAAUACAAAAAUUACAUACAGCAAAAGCGCAAUUGAAUUCUAUUAAUUUACAACUUCAACAACAAUCAUCUACUCUAAAGGUUAUGGGAACUUUGAAAAAAAGUACAGAAGUGAUGAAGAUGGUUAAUGGAAUAACAAAAUUAGAAAUAGUAUCAAAAAGUAUGCAAGAAUUAUCAAUGGAGAUGACAAAGGCUGGUAUUCUUGAUGAAAUGAUUCAAGAUACAUUCGAAAAUUUGGAAGAAGAUAAUAUUGAAGAAGCAGCGGAUGAAGAAGUUAACAAAGUUCUUCUGGAAAUUACCAAUGGUAUCCUUGGAGAAGCUGGUGCAGUUGGAGCACCACUUGAGAGAAGAAAGCAUUCUCAUAGGCAUGACAGGAAUCGGAGUCGAGAACGUCAGAAAGAUUCCGGUGUUGAAAAAACUGGUGAUAGAUCUGUCGAAAAGUCUAGAGAUAGAAGUCGUAGUAGAGAGAGGGAUAGAGAAAGAAGAAGGGACAAAGAUCGACAUAAGGAGGACAGAGAAUAUAAAAGAUCAAGACAUUCAAGGACUGAAGUUGAAAAGGAAGUGAAAACAACUAAAGUCACUUCUGAGAGUCCUAAAGAAGUGAAAACAACCAAAGUCACUUCAGAGAGUCCCAAGGAUGCGGAAUCACAACCAAAUGCAGGUGAAAAUAAGCCUUCUUCUGAUUCUACAGCUGCCACUGUUGCAGCUCUACUUGAUCAAGAAGAAAAAAUUCGGCAGAGGCGUGAACGAGUUGAACAAUGGAGAAGAGAAAGGGAGGCGAAUAAAGCAGCGGAAGAAGCUGCUAAAAUUGCUUCAGAAGCCGAAGUUUGUGAACCUUCAAUAAUGGAAGAAGAUGAACAACAAAAUAAUAUAAACAAUAAAACUUGGACUCUGGAUGACGAUGACGAAGAUGACUCAAUGGAAGUUGAUAAAGUUAUUGAUAAUAAUAUGGAAUCAGUAGAUUUAUUACCAAUACCGAAACCUGUCGAUAAAGUCGAUUCGUUAAUUUCUCAAGUAAGAAGAAACCCAUUGCUUGCACUUGGUAGUAAAAAAGCGAAUAAUAAGAGCAGAGGAAAAGAGAAAGAGACAAAGGAGGCAAAAGAGGGUAAUUUUGAAGAAGAAAAAUUUAUGUCAACUUCAAAUAAUUUAGUUCAUGAAAACACGAAUAAUCAAAUGCAAGAUAAUACUGUAGAAGAAGAAGAAGACCCACUCGAUUCCUUUAUGAAAGAUGUAGAAGUUGAGGUUGAACAGUUAAACGAACUAGAUAAAAAGAGAGCAAAACAAGUGUCAAAAGGGAAAACCCGACUCGAAAGAUUGGAAUCUAUAACCAAUGAAGAUGAUGAUAUCGAAACGGAAGAAGUUAUUAGCGAUCCAGAAGAUAUACUUGCACUUGCAGCUAAAAAGCUAAAGAAAAAAGAUUUGGCAGCCGUUGAUCAUAAUCAAGUAAUAUAUGAGCCUUUCCGUAAGAAUUUUUACAUUGAACCUCCAGAAAUGUACGAUCUAACUCCUGAUCAAGUAGAUCUUAUAAGGGUAGAAUUAGGUGGAAUCAAAAUAAGAGGAAUUGAUUGUCCUAAACCAAUUCAAAAAUGGACUCACGCUGGAUUACCUGCUGCCUGUUUACACAUAAUAAAAAAAUUAAAUUUCGAAAAACCAACUCCUAUUCAAUCUCAAGCAAUACCUGCUAUAAUGGCUGGUCGAGAUGUUAUAGGAGUUGCGAAAACUGGAAGUGGAAAAACUAUAGCUUUUUUACUCCCAAUGUUUCGUCAUAUCAAAGAUCAACGUCCUUUAGAACAAAUGGAAGGACCUGUAGCUAUAAUCAUGACUCCUACCAGAGAAUUAGCUGUGCAAAUUCAUAAAGAGUGUAAACAUUUUUUAAAAGGAUUAAAUCUUAGGGCCGUUUGUGCAUAUGGAGGUUCGCCAAUAAAGGAUCAAAUUGCAGAAUUAAAACGUGGGGCUGAAAUUAUAGUCUGUACUCCAGGGCGUAUGAUUGAUUUGUUAUGUGCAAAUUCUGGACGAGUAACAAACCUGAAAAGAGUUACUUAUCUUGUUUUAGACGAAGCAGAUCGUAUGUUUGAUAUGGGCUUUGAACCUCAGGUGAUGAAAAUUGUUAAUAAUGUUCGACCCGAUCGUCAAACAGUAUUGUUUUCUGCUACAUUUCCGCGUCAGAUGGAAUCGCUGGCUCGUAAGGUUCUUAAAAAACCACUUGAAAUUACCGUUGGUGGACGUUCGGUUGUUGCGCAAGACGUAAAUCAAAUAGUCGAAGUUCGCGAAGAAAAUACUAAGUUUGUUCGAUUGCUUGAAAUUUUGGGUCAACAAUAUAAUGACGACCCAGAAGCUCGAACUCUCAUAUUUGUCGAUCGUCAAGAAGCAGCGGAUAAUUUAUUGCGAGAUCUGAUUCGUAAAGGUUACCCCUGCAUGUCUUUACACGGUGGAAAGGAUCAAUUGGAUCGUGACAGUACUAUCAGCGAUUUCAAAUCAGGAGUUUGUCAAUUGUUAAUUGCAACUUCUGUUGCUGCACGUGGCCUUGAUGUAAAACAGCUUAAGCUUGUUAUUAAUUUCGAAUGCCCAAAUCAUAUGGAAGAUUAUGUUCAUCGCGUGGGUCGAACAGGUCGCGCAGGUAAUAAAGGUACUGCUUAUACAUUUAUUACUCCGGAACAAGAUAGAUAUGCCAUGGAUAUUGUUAAAGCCUUAAAAUUAAGUGGUGUUAAUGUUGUUCCAGAGUUGCAACAUUUGGCUGAAGAUUUCCAAGAAAAGGUCAAAUUGGGGAAUGCAACAUAUUCAGGUUCAGGCUUCGGUGGAAAAGGUCUCGAGAGGUUAGAUGAAGCGCGAGACCUUGUUAAAAAAGCUCAAAGAAAGACAUAUGGUGAUGCUGAUGAUGUUACUUCAGAGGAAGAAAUAGAGGAAGAAGAACUCCCAAUUCAACAGCCAAAGAAAGAAGAGGCAAUUAAUGUCAAUGUUCAGCCUAUUACAAAAGCAACAAUUAUGUCUAAUGUCUCUACGGCUGAUCCUGCCGCAGUUGCUGCUCUUAAAGCAGCACAAGAAGCUGCAGCCCGUGUCAAUGCCAAAAAUGUUGGAACCAGCGGUGUUCAAAGAGCGAAAGAUAUCAUUGCUGAUAUCAAUGCUCGAUUUAAGGAAAAUUCAGUUCAAGGCACUGCAUCUGAGGCCGAUAAAUCAGAAAAUGCAGCAGAAUAUUCUGUUGAAAUUGAAAUCAAUGAUUAUCCACAAAAGGCCCGAUGGAAGGUCACUAAUAAGGAACAAAUUUCCCAAAUUACGGAACUUACAGGUGCUGCAAUUACAACACGUGGAACAUACUUUCCUCCUGGUCGUCAACCAGCACCUGGAUCAGGUGAAAGGAAACUUUAUUUAUUUGUUGAAGGUGAAAAUGAAUACGUGGUAGAAAAAGCCAAGAAUGAGAUAAAACGUAUAUUAACCGAAACCACAUUAAGUGCUAUUGAAGCCGAGGCACGAAAUCCGGGAAGCACUUCGCUGGGGGGAUAUGGCAAGUAUACGGUUGUUUAA